AUGAUUGAAUUACAGGGGACUUUAGAGUCAGCUGGUAUACUUGUAAGACAACGAAUUGGUAGCUUAAAAUGGGAAAACAAAAAAGCUUUACUUCAUAUUGGCUAUCACAUCAUCGAAGGGAAAGAAGUGAAACUUCAAAAUCCGCUGAUUGUACUUGGACGAGAUGAAUCUUUGAUCAAUGAAAACAGGACAUCAACAGUAGAAGCAAUGCAAACCUCUUUCGAUCCUAAAAUGAAUAGUGUUAUUCAGAACGUUCGAUCAAAAACUGCCGAUAAUUUUAAGGUAUAUCGAAAAUGUGUUAAUGGUAAGGGAUCCUACCAUUGCUGGUAG